AUGUCAUCCAAAACGCCUUGUCGGACCUGCUCUACUGCAGGGGCACAUUGUGUCUACCCCGUUCGCGACAGGAACAUCUUUGUGUCGGAAAACUACGUGACUGGUCUGCAGGCCCAAAUUGUCGCUGGCAGCAACACCCCGGGCCAGAACCACACCCAGAACCAGCACAGUCAACAGACUUGGACCCCCAAUCCUUCGCUGGGCUUGCACAAGAGCCCUUUCAAUGGGCCGUCCACACGACGACCGGCCCUACCUGUCCUGCGGGAUGCCACGGCCGAAGCCUUUGUAUCGGGCUUGAAGGGACUCGGAGGCAGCAGCAACGCAACGGGUACUCCCCUUCCCGCAGCUGCCCUGAACGACACAUUCACAGUUGCGAGGUCGGACGACCGCAACCCGAACUCGCAGCUUGACUAUGUCCCAUUGGAUUUUGACACGUCUACAUCUCGGAUAACCAUCAAGCUUCCCCCCUACCCCUACGCUGUCCAGUUGGUGAAUCAGUUCGAAACUUUUCUAGGAUAUGAAUACCACUGGUACAUGUGCAAUUCCUUCCACGCCGGUCUGGAAAUGACCUACCGAUCACCCCACGCGGUAGGGUCUCGAGAUCGCAUCUGGCUGUGCAAACUGUUGACAGUAUUUGCCCUGGGAGAGUCGUACAAUAGCUUCAACGCUCCCUCGAUCGAGUUAGUCGAUGAUGCACGCCGUAACAACGAAGGCGAGCUUGAAUUAGCGCGGAUCGUCUCCCAGUCUCCUCCGGGCGUUGCCUUUUUCGAGCAAGCCCUCGUCCUGUUCAAGAUACCGUCCGAAGAACCUACCGUGGCGCAUGUAGAAGCUCUCAACUUGAUUGCUUUCUACUGCUACUCGCUCAAUCGACGCAAAACGGCUUACAUGUACAGCGGGCUGGCCGUGAGAAUUGCGACCUGUCUCCUGCUCCAUAAACCCGCGGUGGGAAUGACGGCUUCCACGGCAGAACACCACAAACGAGUCUGGUGGACCACAUUCCAGUUGGACGCCAUGACAGCACCCGAAGUCGGACUAAAGCCCACUCUUCGGCUCGACGAUGUCGAGCUGGCUCUUCCGGCCGACGAGACCUUGACGCGACAGGACCGAUCAGAUUUCAAUGAUGCUCAGAUCCUGGCGGCACACCUGAAAUUGUGUGGUAUCCGCAGCGAUAUCGCCGAGGUCGCGGGUCGAUUGCAGGAAGAUGACUUCGCUGACUAUCAACGCGCAGUCCAAGUGCUGCUGUCGCGGCUCCAGCAGUGGAAAACCGAGCUUCCGGUCCAUUAUCGCUUCGAAUUCGACAGUGGACUACCGACGGCUAUGCUUGCGUUGCCGUCGAUGAGGUCAUUGGCCUCUGUCUACCUGAGGUAUCACCAGGGUUACAUCAUUCUGAUGCGGCCGGUGUUCUUCAAACUGCUGGCAAUUGCGCUAGGCAAAAAUGAUGACGAGGCGUCGGUGGACAGCCUGAUCGAACUCAGCAGUCGGUGUCUCGAAGCUGCCAAAUCCAAUAUGCGCAUCGUCAUGGGUCUUUCCCACACCGAUAGAAUCGCCAAAUACGGCUUCUGGGAAUCCCUGCACAUAUUUUCGAGCGUCCACAUAUUUUCUCUGGCCCAGCUUGCCGACACUUUUCGACCGAUGAGUCUCUCCCCCGCUAGCGACGAUUCGACGCUGUAUCAAUUUGCCAAAGACCUCCUCAUCUCCAUGGCGAACCACGGCAAUAUCGCAGCCAAGGGUCACAUCAAAUUGAUUGACGAGACCGAACGCCUGUUGGCGGACGUCACGUCCCGUCGUCAACUCAAUGCCGCGGCCAUGGUUGACUUGGAACAGGACAUCUUUCAGUGGAUUGAACUGCUCGACGACGUGCACUACGUUCAGCCCACGUGGUCAAGCUUUGAAACGUGA